CUGUGCCGUAUUGUGAGUGUGUGUUAGAUGUGAGGGGCUCUAAAGAGAUGGGUAUCAGUCUUCAGUGGUGAAUCGGUGUGAAAGGAUGAAGCUUCUACUGAGCAGUCUGUUACUCGCCUCUCUCUGUGCCAUCCCAUCUCGGAGUGUUUCAUCUACACCUGUUACCCAGAGUCAUGAUGUCUCCGUCAUGGAGGGGGAGACAGUAACCAUCACCUGCUGCUGGACACCGGAGUUUGGCAGGAUUAGACUUAUCUGGCUGAAAAAUCAAACAAAGAUUGAGAAUGAGACUUUCAUCUUGAAGAAUCUCUCUCAAGGAGACAGUCUGCAGAAUGAGACAUCUCACUGCUCAAACUUGACCUUUACGAAUAUCACAAUAGAGGAUUCAGGGAGAUACAUCUGCAAGGUGACAGUGGAGAUACCACUUUAUAAAAUGGUUGAAGGAAAUGGUACCGUCAUCACUGUUACAGCCAGAGACAACACAGCAGGAGCAUCCAGUCGUCUCCCGUUUCCCGUGAUAAUCUGCCUGGCCGUGGUGGCUCCACUGCUCCUCAUCACUCUGCUGUGUUUCUACUCUCUGCGAAGGAGACGAGCACAAGCAGCCAGGGUGAUCUACGAGGUUCCCCACAUCGACUCUGAGGAGGUAGAGAUGGACAAACACAGCACCAGCUCCUCCAGAGGUUCUUCUCAGUGGUGUCAAGUACAAGUGUAUGAAUCCGUCGACUACUUUGAACGUGUCCAGACCAAAGAGAGUGAAUGAGUUUCUGCUGCUCAGGGGAAGUUCCUCAUCUUCUCAGUAUUUCUACUUUUCAACAUGUACUGUAUAUAUAACACACAUUCAUUUACUUACUUUUACCUGAACAUGAUUUGAGAUGAGUGUAAAUAUUUGAUAUUUUUCUAUAAACUCUGUUUAUCAUCCA